AUGUCGUUCAUCGCCGUGAUGAGCGCGGCAGCUGCGGCUCCCGGCGGUUGCUUUGGAGAGCUUCCCGGUGACGGAAACGGCGGCGGAGGAUACGGCGGUGGCGGCCAUGGAGGUUCCGGAGGCGGCAGUGUCAUCCCCGGCCGACUCGUUGGCGUCGGCUCCCUGCCAGGCACCGGCGGAAGCGGCCACGGAGGCGCUGGGGGCUACGGCGGCAGAGGCGGAGGCGGCCACGGAGGCUCGAGCGGGGCCAGCGUCGUCCAGGCUCAGUUGGUGGGCGUCGGCAGCCUUCCCGGAGGAGGCGACGGCGGGUACGGCGGCAACAGCAUCGGCAACGGCGGCGGCGGCGGCUGUAAUACCCAAGAUAUCCGACUCAAGAUUGCAUUGGCAUUAGUCGCUCCGAGCCGAACAUCAGUCAUCGAUGUUCAAAACCUAUUAAUUCCUCCAGAAUCUAUCAUGAAGCACAGCGGAACGAAUUGUUCAGCGGAAAUUUACUCCAAAGUUUCCUGUUCAUCGCAAAAGAUGCAGAUAAAUGGUAACUGGCAUCGCUCUGGACAGGACAGUGCCAGUAUAAAAGGCUCAGCGAAUCAAGAAGCAAUUGCACUGGCGUUCGUAGCCACCAUGAGCGUGGCAGCGGCUGCUCCUGGCGGUUGCUGUGGAGGAGGUGGAGGUGUUGGCACCCUUUCCAGCGGUGGAGGCGGUGGAGGUGGAUAUAGCGGCGGAGGCGGUGGAGGUGGAUAUAGCGGUGGAGGCGGUGGAGGUGGAUAUGGGGGAGGCGGCUCCAGAGGCGGCAGCGUGGUCAGGGCUCAGCUGGUUGGCGUCGGCUCCCUUCCAAGGUCGUUAGUCCAGGUUAAAGUUGAGUUCAAACUGGGCUAUAAAUACGACCUUAUUGCUAUAUGUGCACAACAGACACAGGCUUCCCUCGGGGAUUUCAAUGAAACGUAG